GCAAAGGUUUUUAUUUGCAUCAGACAUUCCUGCUCUCCUUCACUUAACCUGGUUUAGCAUCAUUUGAAGGGUUCACGUCACUGCUCCUGGGAUUGUAAAAUAGCUGCUUUCAAGUUUCAUGGAGCUUCACUGAGAUUGUUUUACUCCAAGCAGUAUCAGUUUAAAAUGGACAAAGGCAGCUUCAGGAGGAGGAAGGAGUCACAGAAUGGCUCCACUGGCCACACUGAACACACCAAUCACACGAAGAAUGUGAAGGCCACUGUGCUCCAAAAAGAAGUUGGUCUGUUGAGUGGCAUUUGUCUGAUUGUGGGCACAAUGAUCGGUUCAGGCAUCUUCAUUUCUCCAAAGUCUGUUCUGCUGUAUUCUGGAGCCGUGGGACCCUGCCUCUUAAUCUGGGCUGCCUGUGGCGUGUUAGCCACCCUGGGAGCACUGUGCUAUGCUGAACUGGGCACCAUGAUCACUAAAUCAGGGGCUGAAUAUUUCUAUUUCAUGGAGGCCUUUGGCCCCCUUGUAGCCUACCUUUACUCCUGGACCACUGUAAUGGUGCUGAAGCCCUCCUCAUUCGCGAUCAUCACACUGAGCUUUGCAGAAUAUGCCUCAACUCCUUUCUACGCUGGCUGCACUCCUCCUCCUCUUGUUACCAAGUGUCUUUCAGCAGCAGCUAUUUUUUUAAUUGUCGGUAUCAACUGUUUGAGUGUCAAACUGGCGAGCUACGUGCAGAACUUCUUCACUGCAGCUAAACUCGUAAUCAUUCUCGUCAUAGUGGGAGCUGGCAUCGUUCUGUUGGCACAAGGAAACACUGAGAAUUUUUCAAAUUCCUUUGAUGGCGCAUCACCGUCUUUUGGAGCAAUUGGACUUGCAUUUUAUAACGGGCUCUGGGCCUAUGAUGGAUGGAAUCAACUGAAUUUUAUCACAGAGGAGCUAAAAGAUCCAUACAGGAAUUUACCACUGGCCAUCAUCAUUGGGAUCCCUUUGGUUUCUGUGUGCUAUGUGUUGGUCAAUGUUUCUUACUUCACUGUCAUGACCACCACUGAGCUGCUGCAGUCUCAAGCUGUUGCUGUGACUUUUGGAGACAGAGUCCUUUACCCUGUGGCUUGGAUGAUUCCUCUCUUUGUUGUCUUCUCAACAUUUGGCUCUGCCAAUGGAAGCUGCUUCACUGCUGGCAGACUGGCCUAUGUGGCUGCCAGAGAAGGUCACAUAGUGAAAAUCAUAUCCUAUAUUGAUGUAAAGCGCUACACUCCUUCCCCUGCUCUCAUAUUCAAUGGUAUUAUCGCUAUUUUCUAUAUUAUUCCAGCAGACAUCAACACCCUCAUAAACUACUUCAGCUUUGCUCAGUGGGCGUUCUAUGGUCUGGCAGCGCUGUCUCUCAUAGUCAUGCGUUUCACCAGGAAGGACCUCCACAGACCACUAAAGGUGCCCAUUGUCCUACCAGUCAUAGUGGUCCUGAUCUCAUGCUAUCUCGUGAUCGCCCCCAUCAUUGAUAAGCCAGAGCUGGAGUACCUCUACUGUACUAUCUUCAUGUUCAGUGGACUCAUCCUUUACUAUCCUUUUGUCUACCGGAAAGUCGAGUGGGGACGCAAACUCAUGAGGCCGAUCACUAUGCAUCUCCAGCUGCUAAUGGAAGCAGGUCCACCUGAGAAAAUUGAAUGAGAAGAGACAAGGUCAGCUUCUAAUGGUGUCCUCACUCCUGACAGAUGUCCUGCACAGUUUUGCAAAAUGUGAGAUAGAAAUACUACUACAUCUGAUGAUAAUAAUAACUUUUUUAAUUGUCUUUUUCUUUCUUUUUCUUUUUUUGGUUUCUUUUUCUUUUUUUUUUUUUUAACAAAGCACAUAUCAAAAAGCUUUUGCUGGUCAUAUGUCAUACCGUAAUUAUACAAAAGAUAUAAUUUAUAUAGGUACAUUUUAUUUUUUAAAAGGCAGAGUGUUUCAGGAACUCUGAUCAGAACCUUUUAACAUCUUUGAGCUUUAACUUUGAAAGUGUAGUCCAGUAUCAAUCAGUCACUGGCUGCUUACGGUCAGAAGAGCAGAGAGGCAGACUAAGGAUUAGUCCCUCAACCAAAAGCUCACAGCUCCAAAACUGUAAGUCAUACUGAAAAAAUCCUUUCACUGUGUGAAGCACAAUCUUAUUUUGAACAAGCUGAUGUAUUUUAAUGUACAUAUUGUGUAUUAUAUAGAUUUUGUUGCAGACCAGAGAGAUGAACUGUAUCUGAUUUUCACCCAGAACUUUGGGGCUCAAAUAUAAUACGAGUCAAUGAUAGUUUUGGUCAGCACACUCUGUGCUCUGAGGUGAUUUAUGAAAAACAAAAACAGCACUGUGAUUCACACUGGGUGAAAGAAGACAAAAAUUUAUACAUUUUUAUUAUAAAUUGUUCAUCCACAGGAGAAAUUGUGAGAAGGAGACAAGUUUAACUGCACUUUUAAAAAAUGCUUCUGGUCAAAAUUGGUCCAAAAUCUGGUCUAAUUGAAGGAAAAUUCUGGAUUUUCAAAAAAUUUAUAAAACUUGAUUGUAAUGAAAAAUAUCAAAACACAGAUUUAAAUGAAUAAUAUUCAAAGCUUUGUGAGCUGUUUAAACUUUGAAUAAAGUUUAUAGUGUACCGGAAUAUAUAUUAAUAUACCAGAGCUAUAGAGUUCCAAAGAUAGCCAGAAUUUGGCAGUUUUAGAACAGACUUCCCAUUCAUUUCAUGGUGGAUUUUUAAUACAGUUUUUAAAAGUGAAUUUUGAAAAAAUUGUAUGACUAAUCACUACCAAAACACAGAGCACACCAUUCCCGAUCAAGCCACACAUUUAGAUAUAUAAUUUGUGUAAGUUUUCUUCAAGCUGUGGAAGAAGUUAGAUGCCAAAAAUCCUAUCUAUUUUUGUGUCUAAAAUCUAUAGGAAUAAGCUCAAGUAACAACAGUAAGUGUGCUUUGAUGCUUUUGCAUUGGCACACUCAAUCAGAGUUUACUGCUGUUGAAAAGUUGCAUGAGAAAAGUAAAAGUGCAUGCACUUUGUUCACGAACCUCUGUAACAGGAUCCGAUGAAAUCAUUUGAAAUUCCAGGUUCAGAAAUUAAGCUUCUUGUCUCCUCUAUGGGAUAGAGUAGAGAAAUUACAAAGACCAGAGGCAGGAGUUUACUUGCAGACAUCACCAGCACUUGUCUUAAGCAAUCACUUCAAACAUGUCUGAAUGUUGUAAGAUUGCCUGACAUCACUUGAUGUAGAGCUGCAGUUAGAUUUAGAUAUGCAUGAAUCUGCACUUGAGCAAAGGGACAUGGUAAACAUUUUAAAUGUGUGAAGGAAGGAAGCAUAUAAAGGCGAGGCAGGUCAUCUAAGAUGUGGGAAUGCUUUUUUUGUUGUUGUUAUUCUUGUUGUUGUUCCUGACGGGAACCAAAAAUAUUAGCUAUUCUUUAAUGAUGUCUGUGUAUUUUGUAACAGUGCUUUUUUUUUUUUUUUUUUUUUUUUUUUUUACCCUCUGGGUUAUGCUGUAAUGAUGCUGCAUUGUGUUUCUGUUUAUUAAAGAUAUUAAUCUUGGUCAGUUUGAAGUGUGCAUGGGAAAUAAACUGAUUGUGAUUCCAGCAAA